AUGGCUGAGAUCUCAGGGCUCAGAGAACAGAUCCUUGCAAACUACAACUUCAUGGGAUAUAACCAGUCUGCUUCCGAAGUGGAUGUUGUUGUCAGAUUUCUUGAUCAAAAAUACUACCAGGCCACCAUCGCCGACAAAUCAUCAGGCGAGGACAUUUGUGGAGAACCUCAUCAAGCAAGAACCGUUGAGCGUGCCCUGGCAGCUCUGCUUGCUCACACUUGUCAACAUCUUGGAAAUCCUCCCAACUUGAUUGGUGCUGGUGCUACCCAGACACUUGGAAGUCCACUGGUCAAGCGCACUCGUGGAAGGCCCAAGAGUAUUCUUCCUUCUGUCGCUUCUUCUGCUGUCAAACCUAAGGCAAAGAGGGCAGUCCCCGUUACGAAGGCAAAGGUUUCUGCCGUUGUCACACCGAAGGCAACUCGUGCUCGUGGAAGACCCAGAAAGUCAGAUGCCGUCGUGCCACCUUCUACAGGCCGUCCUCGAGGCAGACCACGAAAGGAGCCUGCAGCAGUUGCCCCUGUGAAUGACAACGAUACCACCGCGCCCGCUAAGCGCGGAAGAGGAAGACCCAAGAAGUCUGACUCGACCCCAGCAGCUGCAACAACAACUGGUUCGAAGCGUACUGCGUCCGCCCUCGGAGACGAAGAACUUGGAGCCAACAAAUCACGCAAGACUACCAGCGACGAGGAGCUUCAAGAACGUAUCAGUGCAGAUGAGCUUCGCGAUGUUGAACAAGCAGGUCAGACUGCUCCGUUCACUCCUCAAGUAUGGUUUCCAACUUACGUUUCAAGAAUCGCUAGGGUUAUCUACCACUGCAUUGCAGACGGACCAGCUGGAGGUUUGACAGAAGAUGAGAUGGUGACGCGCACUGGUUUGCCAUAUGCCGAUGUCAAUGCUGGUGUUUCGCAAUUGCACGAGAAGGGUGGUAUUGAGCCUGCUGUUGGCGAUGAUUCAAGAUGGACAGUUUUUGACGAGUGGGAGGAUGAGGACGAAUGA